AUGGAUUGGCCUUUGCAUCAGUUAGAUGUUAAGAAUGCAUUUCUUAAUGGCGAUCUAGAAGAAAAAUGUAGUGAGUCAGUUUAUGCAUUCUCUUUCGAGGAACAUCUUGAGGCAGUCUAUAGGAUACUGAGAUAUUUGAAGGGAAAUCCUGGAAAAGGAUUACUUUUUAAGAAGACUGGUGAAAGAAAUGUGUCUAUCUUCAUCGAUGCCGAUUGGGCAGGUUCAGUCACAGAUAAAAUAUCAACCUCUGGAUAUUGUACAUAUGUUUGGGGUAAUCUUGUGGCAUGGAGGAGCAAGAAACAAGGAGUUGUAGCAAGGAGUAGUGUAAAGGCCGAGUUUAGAGAUAUGUCUCAAGGUAUUUAUGAAGGAUUAUGGAUCCUUAUAGUUCUAGAAGAACCUAAGAUGAAAAUCGAGCUUCCAUUGAAAUUGUACUCUAACAAUAAAGCUGCUAUUAACAUAGCUCAUAAUCCAGUUCAACAUGAUAGAACCAAACAUAUCGAGAUUGAUUGA